CCUAAAACCGUAUAAAAGCGGGAGCAUAUCUCAAGAAAUGAAACAAAUCACAGCGCAAGGCAGCAGAGGAAAAUGAUGGCACGUUUUGAUCUGUUGUCGUUGGCGCUCCUUAUUGUUUUAUCCUCGCUGACAGUUGUUCGCGCUAAUGAAGAAAGCGUUUCCCUCGAAAGCGAGUUAGAGCAGAUGAGUACUACCACAAAGUCAGAGGAUUCUAACUCAUUGGAAUUGUUACAAGAUCAAAAUAAUGGCUUUAAUAUAGAGAAGAGACAAAGAUUUCGCCCAAGACCUUAUAUUACCAAUCGUGUCUGUCCUUACCGCAUGCGCAACAGCCCGUUAUGUUGUGCCGGGAUGUUAAUCGAUAAGCCGUUGGUAAAAACCUGUUGCCGCGGGGUUAUUGUGCUUAAAGGCCAGUGUGGUCGACGCAUGGGCAAAUGCGGUCGCACUUUAUUUAAUCGUAGAUAUGAGAAAUGUUGCCGUCGGCAAGUUAUUCCCAGACGAGAGAGUUGUACACGAAAGCGCUGUGGACGAACGAGGUACAUGACUUUCUCCCAUCAAUGCUGCAAUGGUAAAGUGAUCCCUAAGGGACAGACUUGUGUUCCAUUUCCUGUAAAGACCAGAUGUGGUAGUGUCCCUUUUAAUCCACACAGAUACAAGUGUUGUUUUAAACGAGUAGUGCCUCUACAUUCCCCUUGUUCGUCUUGGACUCCUUGUGGACACACCUUCUACGAUUCGCAACACCAGCAAUGCUGUAACGGCCAAGUGCUUUCUCUGCGUUCACCCUGUAUACCGUUUAAGUGUGGCGGCCUCAAUUUUAAUCCACGAAAGCAAAAAUGCUGCAGUGGACAAAUUUAUCCCAAAUUCCUGAUGUGUCCAAAUCCCUAUCAACAUCGAUUUUGUGGAAGCAACGUUUUCAAUCCUUCGUUUCAACGGUGUUGCCGAGGAUACGUCGUGGCUCCCCUGCGAUCAACCUGUCGUAGAUGUGGCCGUGACUUUUACAUCCGAUCUGGCUUCAAAUGCUGCCAUGGAAACCAAAUUGUCCCUAAUUUUGUUCGGUGCAAUGCGUAUGGAAUGGCCCGUAUUCUGUGUGGAAUCACAGUUUUAAUUCUUGCGCUUUCUCCACUGUUGUUGGCAAAUGCCGAAGAGAAGAUUUUAUCCAGCGAAGAACUUCAAACAAACGACCAAGAGGUCCAUGAAGACGAAGCUUUAUCUCAUUCAAAUGAGAUGCAAGGUGGACCCAACGAAAACAAAGAAGAUGAAAGUCCCCAACAGGAAAGUGAAGACAUCACUGACGAAGAAAACCAUGAAGCUGAAGUAAGCGAAGAUUAUAACGGAGAGGAAGACUUUCCGGAAAAAACGGAGGACAGCUUUGAUGAUGAAGGACUCAACGAAAACAAAGAAGAUGAAAGUCCCCAACAGGAAAGUGAAGACAUCACUGACGAAGAAAACCAUGAAGCUGAAGUAAGCGAAGAUUAUAACGGAGAGGAAGACUUUCCGGAAAAAACAGAGGACAGCUUUGAUGAUGAAGGCGAGAUUCCAAAUGACGUGAAAAGGUCGCGAAUAUUUCUCCGUAAAUGUGGAGGUCAUGCAUACAACCGCUACAAACAGAGGUGUUGCUUUAAACAACUGAUUCCAUUCGGAGUGAGGUGCAUCAGGCUGAGGUGCGCAAAAAUACCUUAUCUUUCUUUCAAUCAACAAUGCUGCAAUGGUCAAGUAAUUCCCAAGACUUCGAAGUGUAUACCUCAGUCUCAACAGUGUGGCCAACUUCCCUACAAUUCACAGAGUCACAAAUGUUGCUUUGGUCAAAUAAUACCAAUUCAAGUUCCUUGUUCAAGAUUGCCCUGUAAACAAUCCGCCUACGUUUCUCACACUCAGCAAUGUUGCAACGGUCAAGUCAUUCCCAAGACCUCGAAGUGUAUACCUCAGUCUCGACAGUGUGGCCAACUUCCUUACAAUUCACAGAGUCACAAAUGUUGCUUUGGUCAAAUAAUACCAAUUCAAGUUCCUUGUUCAAGAUUGCCCUGUAAACAAUUCGCCUACGUUUCUCACACUCAGCAAUGUUGCAACGGUCAAGUCAUUCCAAAGAGUACACCGUGUAAACCGCCCACGACGUCGGCUCGAUGUGGUAGCUUUUACUAUAAUCAAAACACACACAAAUGUUGCUUCAACCAAAUUCUGCCGAUCCAUGUCCCCUGUAUCAGACUACCUUGCAGACGAGCAUACUAUGUUCCCUACACUCAACAGUGCUGCCACUUACGAGUCAUUCCUAAAGCUGUACCUUGUCCUCAACUCCCGACCUCAUUUCAAUGUGGCGGUUUUUCCUACGCUCCACAGACUCAUAGAUGUUGCUUUGGGCAAAUUGUACCCUUCCAUGUUCCUUGCACAAGACUUCCUUGCGGACAGGCCUUCUAUGUCUCUCAUACUCAACAAUGCUGCAAUUCUAAAGUCAUCCCAAAAGCUGUACCUUGCAUUCCAUCCCCGGUGCCCCUUCAAUGUGGUGGCUUUGCCUACGAUCCUCAGACCCACAAGUGUUGUUUUGGCCAAAUUGUACCGUACCAACUUCCCUGUAACAGACUAUCUUGUGGACAAGCUUCCUACCUUCCUUACACUCAACAAUGCUGCCAUUCUCGAGUCAUCCCUAGAGCUGUGCCUUGUCCGCAAUUCCCGACCUCAUUCCAGUGUGGUGGCUUUGCUUACGAUCUAAACACUCAUAAAUGUUGCUUUGGGCAAAUUAUACCCUUCCAUGUUCCUUGUACAAGACUUCCUUGCGGACAGGCCUUGUAUGUAUCUCAUACUCAACAAUGCUGCAGUUCUAAAAUCAUUCCAAGAGCUGUACCUUGUGUUCCAUCUCCUGUGUCUCCUCAGUGUGGUGGCUUCGCUUUCAACUCAUUGACCCACAAAUGCUGUUUCAACCAGAUACUUCCCAUUCAUGCUCCUUGUACCAGACUACCUUGCAGACAAGCCCUAUACGUCCCCUAUAGCCAACGUUGUUGCCGUGGUCAAGUUAUUCCAAAAACCAUUCCAUGCACGCCAUUUCCGACUCCGUUCCGAUGUGGUGGUUUUUUCUACAAUCCCCGGACCCACAGAUGUUGCUUUGGUCAAAUAGUGUCUCACCAUGUUCCAUGUAACCGAUUACCCUGUGGCCAGUCUCUCUAUGUCCCUCAUACUCAGCAAUGUUGCCAUGCUCAAGUUAUUCCCAGGACCGUACCUUGCUCAGGAUCACCACUUCCAAACAAGUGUGGAGGCCUUCCAUACAAUCCACAGAUUGAGAGCUGUUGCUUUGGGCAGAAAGUACCCAUCCAAGCCUUCUGUACCCGACUGCCAUGUGGACAAGCUUUCUACGUUCCUCACACUCAGCAAUGUUGCCAUUAUCGAGUUCUUCCCAAAAAUGCACGAUGCUCCCCUUUUCCGAUUCCUUCCCGGUGUGGGGGCGUUUCUUUCGAUCCAACGACACAAAAAUGUUGUUUUGGUCAAAUAAUUAAUCACCAACUUCCCUGUUACAGGCUCUUUUGUGGUAAUGUCUUGUACGUUCCUCACACUCAAAAGUGCUGCAACUCCCAAAUCGUUUCCAAUCGUUUACAGUGUUAAUUUCAUUAAUUUUCGUUUGAGGAAGAUUUUUAUUUUCAUCUUUGACGUUAUCUUGUAUAACAGAUUUUUUUUCGCUGAUAGUAAAAAGGUUAAGGGAUUCUACUUAAGCGUCAGGCUUUUUCCUAAAUACAUUAUCAGUAAAAGCGGAUGAUUGAUAACGACAACAUUGGUGGACAAACCAUGUCUACCUUUUAUAGCCUUUCUUUCACAAGCCACUGACGUGACUAUUUGUGAGUAAUUCCUUAAGCUAUCAAGCAA